AGACCAGUGUCCGCCCAGUGCCCGCUCAGCAUGUGCCCGCCGCGUGGCCUCCUCCUUGUAACCAUCCUGGUCCUGUUAAACCACCUGGACCACCUCAGUUUGGCCAGGAACCUCCCCACACCCACACCAAGCCCAGGAAUGUUCCAGUGCCUCAACCACUCCCAAACCCUGCUGCGAGCCAUCAGCAACACGCUUCAGAAGGCCAGACAAACUCUAGAAUUUUACUCCUGCACUUCCGAAGAGAUUGAUCAUGAAGAUAUCACAAAAGAUAAAACCAGCACAGUGGAGGCCUGCUUACCACUGGAAUUAACCAUGAAUGAGAGUUGCCUGGCUUCCAGAGAGAUCUCUCUGAUAACUAAUGGGAGUUGCCUGGCCUCCAGAAAGACCUCUUUUAUGACGACCCUGUGUCUUAGCAGUAUCUAUGAGGACUUAAAGAUGUACCAGGUGGAGUUCAAGGCCAUGAAUGCAAAGCUGUUAAUGGAUCCUAAAAGGCAGAUCUUUCUGGAUCAAAACAUGCUGACAGCUAUUGAUGAGCUGUUACAGGCCCUGAAUGUCAACAGUGUGACUGUGCCACAGAACUCCUCCCUGGAAGAACCGGAUUUUUAUAAAACUAAAAUCAAGCUCUGCAUACUUCUUCAUGCUUUCAGAAUUCGUGCAGUGACCAUCAAUAGAAUGAUGAGCUAUCUGAAUUCUUCCUAA